AUCCAUACUCCUCUCACUGCUGCCACAAACGGACAAGUUUGAGCUCUAAUGUUUCCAAAAUAAGAUCAAGUCUGCUUUAUUUCCACUUUUCUAACCUCAAACCUGCUCCUGAAGUCUGAAAAAAUCACACAAAAACAGGCAGAAAAAAGAGUAAAACUGCAGAAACACCUCAGACAGAUUCAUCCCACUCCACUGAGGAGGAUCUCAAACAGGAGGAACACAGCAGAGAAAGUAGGACAGUAGGUGAAGAGUGGAAGUCACGUUUUUCUUUGUGAACUUCAGCAGCAGCAGCAGCAGCUCAUUCAGCAAACAGAGGAAAUCAGCAAAGUCAGGAAACCCAGAGGAGAGUUUGUACAGAGAGGUCCAAGAUGAAGGUGUGUGUGAAGGUGUGCAAGAGCUGUCACAUACCUGCACAGACUGAGGCUCCAGCAGAAAAACAACAACAAGAGUCCAGCAGCUCUGAGAGGAUCCUCUGCUGCUCAAUGGAAGCUGAGAGUGAGUCCUGCUGCUGCUGCUGCUGCAGGCUGAACAGAGAGGAGGGGCUGCACUCAAAACAUGGACUGGAUUACACCAGGACUCACGGAGGGGAGUCUUUUUUUCAUAUCAGCAGCAGAAACCAGUUUGUGAUGCAACAUGGAAAUUUCCACGAAAACUGUCAGUAUGAGGAGAGUGUGGAAAUCAGUGAGUGAUGUGGGAAAGUUUGAGGACGCAGACAGGAUGAACAUGUCUGAACUUCUCACCUCUUUACUGAGCGUGUGCGAAUUAUCAAAUAAUUCAUGAAUCCUUUUUUAAAAUGUGUUUUUAUUUUAUUAAAAUAUUUAAUAUGUCGAUAGCUGUUUUUUUUCCUCAAUAUAUGGAGGAAUACAGAGGCAUUUUUCAGUCUAAAAAAAAAAAAUUCUGAAAAUCAGAAAAGAAAAAAAAAUUGUCCAAAAAAAAAAAAAAAAUCAGAAAAAAAAAUUAGUCAGCAGAACAGUACAGAAAAAAAAAAUUACUCCGAAAAAUAGAGUUGUUUUUAUUUUUGGUGAAUGUAAUACGCUUCUGUAGAAGCAUCAACAGAAUCAUGUGAUCAGGGCUUUAUUUUGAAACACAUGUUAUAAAAACACACAAGAACAGCAAAUAAAGAUAAUUUAAAAAUCA